AUCUUUAGCAAUGAAUACCGUGCUCGGUUUAAUUUUGACUGUGCUUUUUUUCGAGGCCAAAGCUAUAUCGGUUGAAACUUAUGCAGAUUUGGGAUGUAUAAACGGCGGAACCCAAUUAAAACAUUUGGCCUAUGUAAGAAUCGUACCUCGAUCGAAAAAUCAAGACGUUUCUUGUAGUACCGUUAUCGUUAACGGAUUCACUGACACGUAUACAUUCUACUAUUAUGAUGAUCCGUACGUUCCUGGUGAAUCAUGCAGUAACAUUAAAAGUGUUAAUGCUUCAGUUACCUUUGGCACAGUUUUGAAUACCAGAGAGCUUGGCUCAACGAUUGGAGUUGAUGUUAAUGGAACAUUUACUUCAGGACCUUAUACUGGCCUUCCUGUUGUCACUACUCUAACUUACCUAACUUUGAAUUUGGAUCAAUGUAACAGUGAAGUUGGAAUGGAAUUACUUACUGGAAAUAUUGUUAUUGCCAUUGUUGGUGGUCCCACUUGCAAUGGUGUUGCUGUUAAAAAAUAUUGUCCUGGAAUUAAGUACGGCGAUGAACAGAAUGUAAGUGUUCAAUUGCCAGUGGUUGGUGAAUUACUGCCAAAAAUCACACUACCGAUAUUUGGUUAGCGAAGUGAGUGAAAAUAUCAGA